AUGCCUUCUAUUUAUACAGUCUCAAACACGUUAAUUGAGCAGACAGCUAUGGGUUCCUUGAAAUGGCUGAUCAUUCUAAUAUUCCAAUUUUACUACCUUUUCUACCUCACCAUAGCACAGCCUGAUUUCACUUUUCAAUCGCCCUGUGAAAGUAAUGUGACAGAGUACCCUCCAAAUGGUACAUACCACACAAACCUUAACACAAUUCUCUCCUCUCUUUCGCGCAACAUAGACAGUGAUGGCUUCUAUAAUGCUACCAUAGGCCAAGAUCAGGACAGGGUUAGUGCCAUCGCGCAAUGUAGAGCAGAUGUUGAAUUACAAACAUGCCGCGACUGUAUAAAUAAUGCUACUCGCUUGAUUUUAGAGAAAUGUCCUUCCAAGAAAUCAGCCUUUGGCAUUUAUAAUCUGUGUCUGAUAAGAUAUUCUAAUGAGUCUUUCAUAGGCACCAUGUCAACCGACCCGCGAUUUAUUUAUUAUGUCCUCGGGAAUUUCUCGGACCCCCAAUUGUUUUUUAACCAAUAUCUGACACCCGUGUUGACAAGCUUACGAACUCGAGCUUCAGCGGGUGGAAAACGCAAGUUUGCUGCUAAUGUUUUUAGUGCCCCUAAUUUUCAGACUAUACAUGCACUUGUACAGUGCACAUCCGAUUUAUCAGCUCAAGGUUGCUACAAUUGUUUAAGCGCUGUCUAUUCAAGUUUGACUGACUGUGAAUGUUAUGCAAAGAGGGGAAACUACCAUUUGAUGCCCAGCUGCAUUGUUCGGUAUGAACCUUACUCAUUCUUCAAUGAAUCAUUACUGACUGAAGGUCCGCCACCCUUAUUGUCACCACCGCAGCCAGCCUUAUUGCCACCACCACCACCACCAGGUAUUUGA